UUGGCCCACUCACUCCAACAUAAUUUGUUAUAUGCAAAAAUUAUAUAUGGCGCCGCUAAAGCGCCUUUAGCAACAGAAAAUAUAAAAUAAUAUGAUUUAAUUUUAUGCUAGAUUUACUUCCAAACCAUAAAUAAAACUGAAUAAUUAGAAGAAGAAAAGUUCUAAUUCUUUUAGCUUGAGUGUGGAGAGGUGGGAGAAUCUUGCGGUCUGCGGACGUGGUUGGCCGGUACGGCGAACAGCUGGUGGCAACAUAGUCAUGAUAGUGAUGUUAAUGAUAGCCAGACUAAACUAUUCAUAUUUCAGUAAUUAAAUACUUCAUUUUGCAGCUAAUGUUAUGAUGGGGAGUUCACCAGUCCUUCAGUGGAGAAAAUUUGAGUUCUUCAAUGUUGUUGAGGGUGCUGAUGAUAACCAACUGGGUUCACUGCUGAAGAGUGGGUCGUCAUUGACAGCAGCAUGCAGUGGACGGGACCUCAUUUACGUCGGAGACUCAAAGGGGUUUGUUCACACUUUGAGUCGUACGCUCGACUCUCCUGUGCCUUCCUUCCCAGCACACGACGCUAAGGUGGCCUGGAUGUGGGCCGCUGAUGCUGCUUCUCUUCUAGUCACAAUGGCUCACCCCGCGAACGGCUGCUCAGAGCUGAAGGUGUGGGCACCAGACAGACUGCAGGCAGACCAGCCGCUGCUGCUGCGCCUGCUGCGGCCUGACCCACGUCCCCCGGCGCGCCCUGGUGCUGCUCUGCCACCGCCGUCCACCGUCACCGCAGUCGCCGUGCACCCCAACCUCAACAUGCUCGCCCUAGGCUUCACUUGUGGGGCCAUCAUGCUGUAUAGAGGAGAUCUGGGCCGGGACCGUGAAAGAGGCUCCACAUCGCGCGUGAUAGUAACGUUCAGCUCGACCGUAACUAACCUGCACUUCCACCUGACCAUGCACACCUAUACCGCCCACACCAACGCCAGGACCGGCAAGACUAGCAGCACUCCUUCAGUUGACGUGCAGACAACCAGCCUUCUCAUCACUACCACGACCAACGUCUACAGCAUGCAGUGCACGCAGCGUGACAAAGAGACCACCAGCGAGCUUGACAAGGUGGGCUGCCGCAGCGGAUGCUCCGAUCUCGCUGUUGGUCGCAACGAGCACCACAUCUUUGUCAUGGCCAGGGAUGACGCGCUGUACAGCUACAGCAGCGAGGGGCGUGCAGGCUUCUACGCCUUCCCAGGCCUCAAGGAGCUGCUCUUCUGCCAUCGCGGUUACGCCAUCGUCGUCCAGGCUCAAGCGGAUAGAAACGCUCCCUCCAACAGCAACAAGCGAACGCUUUGCAACGUGUACGACCUGAGCAACCAAGUGAUCGCUCUAACGCACCCGCUACCUGGUCCACUAGUGGGGCUAGUGUCGGAGUGGGGCGGCCUGUAUGGGGUGUGCUCGGCAGCUGGAGGGGCGUCACCCUCCCUCAUACAGUUUCAAGAGAAGCACCUGCACGCUAAGAUGGAGAUCCUUUUCAAGAAGAAUCAAUAUGAUAUUGCUGUCAGCCUGGCGCGCGGCCAGAAGGUGAGCGGAGAGGGCGUGGCUGAGAUCCUGAAGCAGUACGGCGACUGGCUGUACUCUAAGGGGGAGCUGAGCAUGGCAGUGAAGCAGUACAUCAAAACCAUUCCUCAUCUCGAGCCUUCCUACGUCAUCAAGAAGUUCCUGAGCAGCGAGCACAUGUCGUUACUGGCGGAGUAUCUGGAGGCGCUGCACGCGCGCAACUUGCACAGUCCUGACCACUCGUCGCUGCUACUGAACUGCUACACGCGACACAAGCACGACGACCGCAUACGCUCCUUCAUUGAGAAACACAGCAAGCAAGUCAAAGCCGCUCAGCAGGAGAAGGAGAGACAGCUGAGGGACGGUAGCGACCACCACAACCGCUCCCCCGUGGCCGCCAAACACCUGGCGCCCGCUGGUCUCAACGACGAGGACGUGAGCGUGCUGGUGGAGGUGUGCAGAGAGGGCGGCUUCUAUGAAGAGGCUCUGCAGCUCUCAGCUCUGCACGGUCUGCACAGUCUGCACCUCGACAUUCUCUGCAACCACACCAAGCAGUUCACCAAAGCCAUUGAGUACAUCCGCACGCUAGACCUGAGCGCCGCCAGCGAGCAGAUGGUGGCCCACGGUAGCGCGCUCACGAGAGGCGCUCCUGACGAGACUCUUGAACUGCUCAUAGAGCUGGCCACGGACUACACGCCUGACAACACGCCGCUGGUGGGCGAGGCCUGUCUUGACGGGUACCUGGAGGGCCGCUCGCCUCAAAGCUGCCCUCCCGAGAAGUUCGAGAGCGUUGUGUGCGGCGACAGCCUCCUCGCCAUCCGCUACAUCGAGGGCGUCUCGAAGCGCCUUCUGCAGCUCGGCCAUCCGCGCCCCGCCACGCGUCUGCACGAGAUGCUCCUUGCCGAGUACCUGCACCAGCUCAGUGCUGCUUCUGAGGACGUGGUGCGUGAGGCGUGGGAACAGAAGGUGCGCUCUUUGGUGAGCGAGGACAGCCUCUACCCUCUGGACCCCGCCCUCGCUUGCCUCCUUUGCGACAGGCACAACUACCCUCACGGCAAGCUCCUCAUAUGGGAGCACCACCGCAUGUUCGACGAGAUCCUGCAGCACCACAUGGGCGCUGGGGACGAGCAGGCGCUGCUGUCGGUGUGUGAGGCGCAGGGCGGCAAGGACCCCGGCUUGUGGCUCACGGCGCUGCGUCUGCUCACCGCCCCUCAGCUCCCCAGGCCCCCUGACACGCGCGUCCUGCAGCGCGUCCUGGCCAGAGUUGGUGAGUGGGACACCGCGUCCUGGCUUGCGUACCUCACGGCGCUAGCGGACCGCGAGGAGGAGGCGGCACUCGCCCACACCUCCCAGCUCACUGACAUCGUCGCUGAAGCCGACGCUGUGCGCGACCAGAUAAUCGCUAUACAAAACAGUGGCUUGGUGUUCACGGAGAGCAACUGCGACGCCUGCCACAAGGAGCUGGAGUUCCCAACUGUACACUUCUUCUGCAAACAUUCCUUCCACCAGCACUGCUUCUCGUCCUACUGCAGCAGCAGCGAGGAGGAAUGCCCCAUGUGCCUUCCUCGCCACAACGACAUCCGGGACUCCCUCAGACAACAGGCGUCACACCGCGCGACGAUCCAAAGCUUCGGAGAGAGCAUGUCUGGGGGCGACAGCGACGACGUGUUCAGCGAGCUGGCCGACUACCUGGCGCGCGGCCUCUUCACUGACUACACCGCCAACCUCGCCAUACACACCUCAGCCUCACACACCAACACUGCUAGAGCAGCUGACGCCGCAGCUGCUGAUAACGAGCAAGCGCCUGUCAGCGCCCCUGGCACUCCUGACGCAGCGGCCGCUCGCACGAGGACGACGGCAGCCGCAGCGGCGCUCGACGCAUCGCAUCUCAGCGGCGGCGCCUCAGAGUCUCGAUUGCGUCUUAAAGAAGCGCGCGGGCAAGCGCUUCCUGCAGCGCAAAGCGGAGCCUCGGAGGGGCGGCUGAGGCAUGAGCAGGCGAGUCGUGUUCUGGACGCUGCCUCAGAGGCGCGGGUUCGUGGCGUCGUCGCAUCGUCCGUCGCCAUGCCACAGCCCGAGGCGCGGGUUCGUGGCACCGUGGCAUCGUCCGUCACCAUGCCACAGCCCGAGGCGCGGCUCAGGUCGCACGGCAACAUCUUCGACAAGGUUGGGUCACCAAAGAAAAUGUCACCGAGAUUCGGCCGGUCGCCCACAUCCCUAAUGGACCAGAUCACCGUCUCGGGAGGCGUGCCCCUUGCACCCGCCAAGCGCCGCCCCAAUUUCGCCGACCACACGCACCCAGAAAGCAUAUCUUCGGCGCUCGCGAACUCGCGACCUGCGGCUGUGACAAACGCAGAGUUGAACCCCUUCGAGUCGGCGUCUAAUAAUCCCUUCGGGGACGACUUCGAGACGGAGGCUGACGAUAAUAACCCCUUCGGUGGCGACGAUGAAGCCGACAACAAGAAUCCCUUCGAGGAACCCAAGGCCGCCUCAAAUCCCUUCGAAGAGAAUGACAAUGACGACAGCCUCAACCCGUUUGAGGAAUAAUUUUCCAUUUAAGUUUCCUUAUUUAUUUUCUUGUUUACAUCUCCGUAGUGGAAUAUGCUGUUAAUAUGUUUCGAAGUAUAGAUAGUUUCCUGUGUUUGUCAUUUAUUGAAUAUUUAUUACUUAUUGCAGUUUGUUAUCGAACUCAAGAGCACCAUUAUUAUUCCUAUUAUUUUAUUAAUGCUGUGUUUUUUAUGCUGAAUUGGUGAAGUGUUAUCUUCGCUUCUAUCCUUUGUCGAGAUGGUAACUCUCGUUACCAGGGUAUUAGGUAGGAAUAACAUUGACGUCAAUUAACGUAUUCCUAGAUAAUUAAGAAAUAUCAUUUGUUAAUAAAUUAUCUUAACGCCAAUUUUGUUGUCAUGAAAAUCGGCCUCAUGCGUGACUGUCCAGCUCACGUGUCUUAAAUCAGCUCAACAUUUGAAGGGUGUGAAGUACAUCGUGUCCAGAACGCGUGAUGUGAAGAAUAAAAAUUUGUAACGUGACCUCGAAAUUUUGUACCAGACGACACGAUAAUUUGUUCGUACAAUAAUUAUGAUAAUAAAAGUUUCACUGUG